AUGGGGAUCGAGAAGUCGGAGCGAAGAGCUCGGGAUGCUCUUUAUUGGCCUUUGAUGAGCAAGCAGAUAGCUGAAAUGGUAUCGAACUGCUCCGUAUGUCAAAUGAUAAUCUUUCAGAGUACCAACCAUACCUUGGAAAGUGGUGGCAACAGAUUUAAUAUUUAUAAAAUUUGCUGUGUUGGUGUAAUGUACUCAGGUGAAUAAGAUGCUUGUGUGAUGUUAUUCUGAGUAUACACUCAGAAUAACAUCACACAAGCAUCUUAUUCACCUGAGUACAUUACACCAACACAGCAAAUUUCAUGGUUAUUAGAUUACACUGAUAUCGAAGGAACUAGACUCAGUUCCGAAAUAUCGCAUACUCGAACCGGCCUGACCGCGUAGCUCAGUUGGCAGAGCAUUGGGCUAGUAUUCCAAAGGUCGUAGGUUCGAAUCCCACCGUGGCCAGGCAUAUUUUUCAAGCCUGCCUGGUGUGGAUAUACACUCAGAGUAACAUCACACAAGCAUGAGAUUUAAUAUUUAGUUUGGACAACUCGGACUAUCUACUUAUUGUUAACUAUCUUUCCAGAUACUUUCAAGUUGUUAAGUUACCAGACACAAAGAGUUCAACGGUUAUCACGUACACCAAGUCGAUAUUCUCCCGACAUGGUAUUUCUGCAGACGUCGGUAGUGAUAAUGGGCCACAAUACAGCUCCUUUAGAGAAUUUCAAGCAUUCGCAGAAAGCUGGGAAUUCAAGCAUGCGGUCCAGUUAGUCUCCUCAACCCACAAGCCAAUGGUUUAGCAGAAAGGACUGUACAAACUAUCAAAGAUCUUUUAGUUAAAUCGAAGAAAGAUCAACGAGAUUCAUAUUUAAAUAUGUUGGAAUAUCGAAACGCUCCUAUCGAUGAUGUGGGAAGUCCAGCGCAGUUACUGAUGAAUAGGCGUUUGCGUUCAGGAAUUCCUCAAACGAUAUCGCAUUUGAAGCCUCGUGUUCCAGAUUCUGUUAAAGUAAAGAAAAAAUUGAAUCUCAACCAACACAAACAGAAAUUCUAUUAUGAUCGUCAGUCAAAAUCCCUUACUAAGUUACACGAAGGAGAUAGAAUUAGAGUAAGAAUGAAAGGUUCAUGGAAACCAGGUGUUGUCACUCGUGAAGAACAAACACCGAGAUCGUAUCGUAUCAGACUGAUGAUGGUGGUGGUGCAUAUAGGAGAAACAGAAGAAUGCUUCUGA